UGUUUUUUUCUGUCUGCAGACGACACUGGCUGUACAACCUGGACAGAACAUGUUCACAGUGACCUUCGCACCCUCAUGACCUCCAUGACCACCAAUGAUCCGGCCUCUAACCUCACACUGCGCAUGGCCAAUGCCCUGUACUAUGAUGCGGCUCAGGUUCACGUCUCAGACAGCUACGCAAACAACAUGAACCGUUACUACGGGACAGGGUUACAGCCCUUCCAGAGACCAAACCCGGAGCAGGCCAUCAACACGUGGGUGGAGGAUGUGACAGAGGGCGCCAUCAGCCACUUCCUGCAGCCUGGUGCCAUCACAGCUGACACUGUGAUCAUGCUCCUCAACGCCGUGUUCUUCGAGGCAUCUUGGCUGACCACCUUCGGCCCAACUGCCACCAAAGAUAGAGACUUUACAACCAUUUCGGGUACCGUCAAGCAGGUGCCUUUGAUGUAUAAAAAAAGCGAUUUCUCGUGAAGAACGUUCCGGAACUGGACGCGCGCGUCCUGGAACUUCCGUACAAGGGAGGCAACUACAGCCUUUUCAUCCUUUUGCCCAACACCAAGACCGGCCUGACGGACCUGGAGAGCAAGUUGACUGGUCAGAUACUGGAAGGCGCCUUGACGUCCAUGCCAUUCGAAGAAUACCGUGAAGUGUACAUACCCAAGUUCACUCUGCGCAUGCGUAAAGGCUUGAACGAGCCACUGGAGGCGCUGGGUCUCAACGCCAUGUUUGACGCCGCGAGGGCCAACCUCACCGGCAUGGUGGACAACCUGGGUGGACGGGCCUGGUGGUCAGUAAGGCUCUUCACGAAGCCAUGAUCGAGGUCAGUGAAUCUGGAACAAAGGCCGCCGCCGUGACCUCCAUCAGUAUUAGUUUCGCUUCAAUCGUGAUAUCAGAUCCCAGUAGCAUCUUCAAGGCUGACCAUCCCUUCCUCUUUGUUCUACGAGACAAGGGCAACGGGGUCAACCUCUUCAUGGGUCGCGUGACUGACCCCCAACAUCCGGGCAAUAACAUCUCACCAUGCAAUCUCAGAUGGGUUUCCGUUCGCACUGAUUGAAUAAUGGCUUAAAUUGUUAAUUACUUCAAUACAUCGUUCUUUGACUGUC